AUUAUGCCCAUUUUAUAGGUGGGGAAACUGAGGCCUGGGGCAGUUAAGUAACAUCCAAGGUCACACACAAAAUGGUAGGGGCCAGUGAGUUAAUCACUAUACUAGAUAACCAUUCAUGCCCAAACUACAUUUACUGAAUGAGUUAAUGUUUUCAAUUUCCGAAUAGGCAUAACGGCACGUUCCUUGUUAACUGUCCUCUGAAGGGCUUCAUGAGCUUGAUUGCACAUGCAGCACAGGUGUACUGGCCACUGCUCCCUGGAAGGUUUGGGUUCUAUUUUGCCAUCAUGCUGAGUGGCUGAGACAUACAGUAUACAUAUACGACAUUACUUUUCAAUUUAACUCUCGUAGUAUCCUAACUAAGGAGCUCGUCUGAUUUCUGUAGCUGUUUGAACGAAAGGCAGGAGUGAAUUUGAUGAGCUGUUGAGGGAGGAUUAGACCUGGCAGAUAACAGAUGAAUCCAUUUGCCUGUGGCAUUUGUGACACAUGGUACUGGAAUUCACCUUACUAUCUGAGCCCGACCUCAAAGCCACUGAGCCUCUGACAAUCAAGUCCUAUGAUCUCUAGACCCCAGAAACUCAGGUGAUUUUGGAAAAUGUGUUAAACUCUUCUGACAUCUAACAGCCUUGUUGCGAGCUCCUGCUGUGGAGAAGGGAGCCCCGAGGAAGGAGGCCCUCAGGUCUUUGGCCAGUGGUGCUCAGUCACAAGCACUUGAAAGCUGCAAACACAGUCAAGAAGGUGCACACGCUACUUAGCCGAACUUCUUUUUAGUGAGAGAUGAUUACCUUAACGUGAGACCUUAUGAUUUUCCCGUGACUUGGAGUUUCCAAAACCUAAAUAUCACCAGACUGGAGUCCAACAGCUUCCUCUUGCUGUUGGUAGACUCCCAGCUGUGGAAACCUGCUCGUUGCUUAAUGCUGUGUUUCAUUUCCCUGUGUAGAGGCGCCAGGCCCGUUCUUCUCAUGGCCUCGUCCCCACUCCGCUGACUUCACUCGGCCGGCUCCCCUGGCCAACUCGCGCUCCUGGGGGAGAUGGCUGCCUGCUUUCCUAACAGCUUGGUAGGAAGUUGAUCUGUAGAUACGGGGCAGGGCACAAAUGAGUGCCCUUAUUUGGUAGGCCUCAGAUGGGCCACCAGAGCUGCCCGAAAGCACUAGCAGGGUGAUUGACAGUGGCCGUUUCAUAGCCUGACUUCACCUUCUUUGCAACCACAGUCACCCCGGAACAGUCUGCUGUCAGGAAGCGAGCCCUGGUUGGUAGGCAGCGCCCGCAUCGGCCUGGGGAUGCUCUCCAGGGCCCCAGCCUGGGUUUCGGUUCCCUGCGAGCGCUGGGCCGGCUCUGGGUCACGUGGGAGACGAGCUCUGCCCGCCUGCGGUUGCCGUGGCAACGCCAGUCCCCGGCCUACCCGGGCCGCGGCAGUGCCGGCGCCCACCCCGGGCUUGGAAGAGCCGGGCCGGCCAUGCUUCGCCGUCCGCGGAGCCCGCUCCGCCUCCGCCUCUGCCUCUGCGUCCUGCUGCUGCUGCCGCUGCUGGGCGCGCCGGGACACGGCGGCGACGCGGGGCCGGGGCCGGAGGCCGAGAAGACGGGCUCCAGAUGGGCCUGGCCGGCCUUCCAGGGCCUGCAGGAGCGGCUGAGGGCGGCCGGGACCCUCUCCAGACGGUACUGGGCGCUCUUCAGCUGCCGCGUGUGGCCCGAGCACUGCGAGGAGGACGAGGAGGCGCCGGCAGGGCCCCUGGCCUGGGGCCGUGCCCUGCUGGGCCAGCAGUACCUGGAUAUCCUGACCACGUGGUACUGCAGCUUCCAGGAUUGCUGUGACAGUGGGGACUGCAGGAUCUCCAACAACUUCACAGGCCUAAAAUCUGACCUGAGUGUGCGACUGCAUGGCCAGCAUCUGGCCCAGGAGCUGGUCCUGAGAACAGUGAGGGGAUAUUUAGAGCUGCCCCGGCCAGACAAGGCCCUGGUUCUGUCAUUCCACGGCUGGUCUGGCACAGGCAAGAACUUCGUGGCAAGGAUACUGGCAGAGAACCUCUACCGGGACGGACUGAGGAGCGACUGUGUGAAGGUGUUCAUCGCCAUGUUCCACUUUCCUCACCCCACGUCUGUGGACUUGUACAAGGAGCAGCUGACAGGCCAGAUCAGGAAGACGCAGGAGCGCUGCCACCAGACCCUGUUCAUUUUCGAUGAGGCCGAGAAGCUGCACCCAGGACUGCUGGAGGCCCUCAGGCCACACCUGGGCCGCCAGGCCCCCGAGAACCACAGGGCCCAGUCCCCGAGAACCAUCUUUCUUUUUCUCAGUAACCUGGGGGGCAGUGUCAUCAACGAGGUGGUCCUGCGUCUGCUUAAGGCUGGGCGGCCGCGGGAAGACGUGGCGCUGGGAGACUUGCAGCCCCGCCUCCGGGCCGCGGUGGGCGAGGCCCCAGACAGUGGCUUUGGCCACAGCUGUCUUGUGAAGGAAAACCUGAUUGACUUCUUCGUCCCCUUCCUGCCACUGGAGUACCGGCACGUGAGGCUGUGUGCACGCGAUGCUUUCCUGAGCCAGAAGCUCCUGUAUACAGAAGAGCUGCUGGAUGAAAUUGCCAAGAUGAUGGUGUAUGUCCCCAAGGAGGAACAACUCUUCUCUUCUCAGGGAUGCAAAUCUAUUUCCCAGAGAAUUAACUAUUUUCUGCCUUAAGACCUUGAUGAACACUUCCUGAAGCUGCCUUCCUUCCACCAACAGGACCCUGGGGCCUGCCAGCACGCCGUCUGGGACUGUAAGGAGUGGGAGGGGCAGGCUGGCAUCCAGCAGUCACUAACUAACACACAGUGGUGUGUAAAAGGAAGGCCUUAAAUCAGAAGCAGAGCCAAUUCUUAAAAUCCCUUGGUGCCUUAAAGAGCCAUGUCCCAAAAUGUGGGCCAGGUGGUUGGAGGAAGCCACGUGGGAAAUAAACAAAUCCCAGGGCAUAUCGGCAUCUCCGCUCUGGCCUGCAGAUGCCUGGACUUGGGUGUUAGGCCUGAAGCUGCAGGAACCUCGGUGACAAGGAAGGGAAAAAUGAACUUCUGCUUACCAGUGGCAGGGAGUCCACCUCAGCUGUGAAGGCGGGGUGGCUCAGCUUUCAAGUUGUUAUUCCCAGAGGGAAGCUGAGUAGCUUCUGGGAGCAGAAGAUCAGCAGAGAGCCUCAGGCUAAGGGGAAAAGUGCACAAAGGAAGAAUUAAAAAAAUAAAAAAUCAUGUCAGGGUAGGCUAAGACUUGGGGUCUGCUCUGCAGAUUUAAAAAAAAAAAAAUUUAAGUUAGGGGCCUUGACAUGACUGUCAUAUGUAAAGAUUAAAAUUCGUAUUUUUCUAAAACUCUCAGCCUACUUUCGUACUGAGACCUAGUAAUUGUGCUCACUCAGCAAAAUUCCAAAUGCCAGGCAAAACCGAUGGGGACUGGUGGAGACCAGGGCGGACGCUGGCACUCAGAGCUGACAGGGUGACUGCCUGGCCUGCCAAUUUACUUCAUUUGCUCUGAGAUCACAUCAGCUGAGCUGGGUUAUUUCAACCUCUACUGAAGAGGCUUCCACAGCAUAUUGCUCUUAUAUAUGAAAACGUCACUCCCGUGCUUCCAGCUUGAAAAAGUCAUUUUUAAGGAUUGAAUGGCUACAUGUACAUUGUGCCUCUAGGUACACAGGAGGCGCGCAGAAUGUGUUUUUCCCCUUCUCUCGGUUCUUCCCUCCUACCACACUUCUGGAAUUACACACAGGGUCUUUUCUCUUAUAGCUGUCAUCACCUCGUGUCCCCGUAUUCAAAGCCCUCCCCAGCCCUCUCACCAUUAGCUCUGGUAAAAUGGACACUUCCAUCUCUCCCCCAUGUAACACUUGAUUGCACUCAUUUACACAAAUCACUACCUCAAGGUUGGAGAGUACCUAGCCCGAGCCACAUCAGAUACCCAACAAAUACUCAGAUGAAUUAAAGGAACUUAGUUUCACAGCACUCCUGGGACAAAAGUAAGCUUGGUCUAACUGCACAAUAAAAUGAAGCUAGUUUUAGCUUCUGGCUCACUGUCUCAGUCCAGAGCAUCUCGGGAAGACUAGGCAGGCCAUCCAAUCCCAUGACAUACCCAGCUCUACCCUCUGUAAAUACACUCUUUACAAGGGACGUUCUAUAUCUUUAGGUCUCAUAGCCACAGAACAGCUGACAUCCUUCUAACACUGGGAGCAUGUCUGAUGACAUAAAUAUAGGGUCUGAACCUCUUACAUCUCGCGAACCAAGACAAGCAGCAGGACGUGAUGGUCCAAAACACUGCUCUGGAGCUAGACUGCCCGGCUGGGGUGCCAUGGCUCGGCCCCCUACCACCAAGACCACGGGAAAGCUAUCAACCUCAGCUGACACUUGGUUUCCACUUUUGUGAAACUGUACUUACCUCACAGGGUUGUCGUGAAGAUUAAGUGAGUUAAUCUUUAUAAAGUACUCAGGACACACAGCUUCAGGUGUUUAAUAAUAAAACAAUAAUCUAGUAAAACUGCUGUCAGUUUUGGCACCAUACUAAAAGCCAAGGCUGGGCUGUUCCCUCCUUCUGGCUCCUGGAAUCCUGGUUGGCUGAGGGUUGUUUUAGGUAACAGUUGGGAACUUACUACGUGCCCGCCCUGUGCUGAGCACUUUAUAGCCGUUAUCUCCUGUAAUCUUGAACACUACGAUGUAGGUACCCAUUUCAUCAUCAUUUAAUAAAUGAGAAAACGGCUCUGAGAGGCUCCAUAUCUUGUGCAAAGUCACAAAGCUAGUCAGUGGAGGAGGGGUCCACCCAGGCAGUCUGACUCCAGCUCGCAUGCUUUAAUAACUUGUUUCUACAAUGGAUUUCCUCAGCCAAUGCCAUCGCCUCAGGUGUGGAAAAUGUUACAAUACAAAGAGGGUGAAGAUCACAAUGGGAAGUUCUGCUCAGAAGACUUUAAAAAAGACUUCUAAACUAAACCAAAAAUGGGUGGGAGACAAGGAUUAAAGGUCAAGUGUCAGGAGGGGGACGAGCUGAUGCUCAAUUACCAUUCUAAUUGCACCUCACUUGGGCACCACUUGAAAUAUCCUACUCAUACCUAAGUAAAACAUUACUUCUAAAAGCAAUGAAUCCUUUUUUUAAAAAAUUGAAGACUACGCCAAACAAGAAUAGAGUGCUCCCUGUGAGCUUCUACACAUGCCCUGUCAAUACUUUGGCUCAAAACAAUUUUAGAACUUAUCUGGUUGUCCUCAGAAUGGACUUUGAGAGAAUCUCAUUUUACAGUCACCUCGUGCUGGACAGAUGGAAGGACACACACACACUACCCACCUCAUGGACCAGCUGGACUCCAGAUGCUGCCUUUGGCCAUUUCCAAAACUGUAAUCCAUCAGGGGGCAAUUACGAGCUGCAAGAUCUCUGUGGGACAGAGAACGCUAAUGUGAUUCCACUCAUACAGGUGGGAAGGGAAGCUGAGUCUGAAGAUGGAACCCAAGAUUCAAGUUACUCAGAGUAUCUUUGCUAUCAACUUCCAUGUCCUUGAUUUCUCUAUUAAAGUUGUGAAUAUCAACUCUA